UGUUGUGUUCCGUUGAAAAUUUGUACUAUUUGGAAAAUUUGAUUGAAAUUAAAUAUGGAACUGAUCUAUAGCGAGCUGUUUGAUGAUAUAGAAGUCUUUGAAAAUCGUGCGAUUCAAUACCCUUACAUACAGCACAGCCCACCAGAGCCAACAAUUAGGAAGCCCAACGAAUCCUUUUAUAUACACCUUCAGGAUGCGGUGCAGGAGCAGUGGCCGGCGUUUGUUAUGGCCUACCGACGCAAGUUUAACGCGAAGACCAUGGAGCAAAGACACAAAAGAGCCGAGGAGCUCAGAAAGCAGUUAACUAAUCAGCGCGUGGAUCGACUCUCUGGCAGAUUAGCCAACGUGGCAUUGCUGACCGCCGACUACCAUGCCAAGCGGAACAACAGCUGGUUGGCGUUGCGGGAUCACUCAGUGCAGGACAUGCAGAAGCAUCUGCAUAGACACGAGCUCAAGCUGAUGGUGCGUGUGAGGCAGCUGCGUGCCCACAAUAGUCAGGUGCAAAAGCGCAGCGAGCUGUUGCGAUAUAGGAACUAUCUGACACGCAUCGCGCUGCAGCACGAAGAGAAACGGAAACGCAUUGGAAUAUUUUAGCUGGAAAUAUAUUCAGGUCUGUGGCAAACAGCGUCGAUCUGAACAUAUUUCCAACUAAUAAUGUUUAUGUAUUCUCCGGGCCUUGUGUUUGUGUCCAGUAAAAACCAUCAGCUCGCAGCGACGAGCCACAGAA